AUGGAGCAGAGCUCAAGAGUUCAAACCGACCGCUGCAUCGAUUGGCUGGUGGUCUUGGCGUCCUUCUUUAUUCACUUUAUUGUUGACGGCAUUAUAUUCUCUUUUGGCGUGUUCUACAUCACCCUGCUGAAUGAAUUUGAAGAAAGCAAGUCAGCGACGUCUUGGGUUGGCUCCAUUCAAAUAGCUGUGAACUGGAUCGAUCAUUUUGAGAAGAGGAAAAGUCUAGCCAUGGGAAUCGCAGUGUGCGGAUCAGGCGUGGGGACAUUUUCGAUGGCAGCCUUGACAGAAUUUCUCAUUGAAAGCAUUUCUUGGAGGUACACUCUUCUCGUCUUGGCGGGCCUUUCUCUGUCAGGGAUUGGCUUGAGCAUGUUGUUUGUGCCGCCUAAAUUAGAAAGCAACGAGGAUAAUGAAAUAGAACAGCUGUUGCCAGGCUUUGACAAAACUUCCAUGUUCUUCAAAAAUCUGCUCUAUUUCCCAUUGCUACGAAGAGCUGAUUUUGUCGUGUGGCUAGUGUGUAAUUUGAUAUUCCAAAUAGGACUCGUAGUGCCAUACACGUUUAUACCAGAUGUAGCUCGAGCUAUGGGGGCGAAGGUAAACGACGCGGCGUUCUUAGUGUCGAUUGUAGGUAUUGCUAACACAGUGGCUCGAGUCGUCAUGGGUGUGUUUGCAGACUUCCGGUGCGCUAACAGACGCUAUAUGCUUGGGACAAGCGUCAUGAUUGCAGGCGUCAUGGUUUCCAUAUUGCCCUUUAUGAAGGAGUACGGCGUGAUUGCAACGGUGUGCACGUUUUACGGGUUAACCCUUGGCAUCUUCGUCUCUAUGGCCCCGGUUGUUCUGAGAGAUUUAGUCGGCAUUGAGAAACUUGGACCUUCAUUAGGGCUUACCAUGGUAGCCAACGGUUUGGGUUCCUUACUGUUAACGGCUGGAGGUAGUUUGUACGAUUUAACAGGCUCUUACAAUGUCACCUUUUAUAUCACCGGCUCUCUAUUAUUCGUUGCCGGUGGAGCUCUUCUGUUGUUGCCAUGGAUACGUGACCUCCAGAGACGAUGCUGUAAUCAUGGCAGCGCAAAUAUUACCGAAAAAAACUGA